AUGCUCGCCAUGCUCGCCCUGCUCGCCAUCCUCCUUCUUUCAACCGUGUUGGCUGCCCCCCACGCCAACACGUACGCGCUAAGCUGGACGGGGAACCCUGGAUCCAGUGGGUGGAUCCUUGGCGUACCGGCAACUUUCGGUAACGGCCAAGUCUACAACUACACCCGAGUGCCGGACGGCACACCCGUGAUAUUAGGCUUUCCGGCGGCCAAGUUCUUCUGGUAUGCACAGGCUGGCAACAUCGGGUCCCCUGGCGAGCUGCAAAUCAACCAUCUGGGGUUUACACAGUGUCUCGACGCGGGAGGAGGAUGGGACGGCCAGACCGUGCGUAUCCAGAAAUGCACGGGCAAGUGGGCCCAGCAGUGGAUCGUCGAGGGUAGGAACAAGCAGGUUCGCCUCGCCAACUCUAAAAUGUGCCUCGACGUCACGGACGGAGACGACCACAAGGCCGUCCAGGUGUGGUCGUGCCAUAGGAAGGGGCACAAAGAUUACCGCAACCAGCAGUGGUUUGUCUGA